GGCAAGGAAAACAUAUUUUGGAAGAAUGAGGUGAAGGUUGCUCCAGCAAAGCCUUCUUAUUAGAGGUGAUUGCGGUGCUCAAGCUUACUUUCAGUUUUUCAGAUGGCGAAUUUUAAAUCCGUAAAAUUUGAGCGACGAAAAUCUUAUGGAAGACUGGAAUGUCAAGUUGUUCUUCUUGACAAUUCUCUCUAUGUAACUAAAUUUGAUAGCAAGUCUGCUAAAGGACAAGAACUCUUCGACAGAGUGUGUGAGAAGCUAAGUUUGCCGCCGAACACGAGAAACUACUUCGGCUUGCAGUUUGUAGAUGGCGUUGAUGGCGAAUUAACGUGGUUGGAUUUUGAAAAAGAGAUCAGACCUCAGCGAAGAAAACCGUACACCUUUCAAUUUGCUGUGAGGUUCUAUCCUCUAGAAGCCUCUGUCGAACCCAAAGAAGUUCAAGAAUUGUUGAUUUUGCAAAUCAAAGAUUCUCUGAUUCGAGGUAAAUUUAUCACCUCUGUCAAUGAGCACGCCAUUCUGGACGGAUUUUUCGCUCAGGCCGUUCUUGGUGACUUCAACCCCAAGUUGCACACUCGUGGCUAUUUGGAGGAUUUAUUGGGGUCGUUCUUCGCUCCCCCUAACGGAAUAAACUGCGAUGCUGAAUUGAGUGAAGAGAAAUACGAAAAUAUCGUUUACAAGUUACAUCGUUCGCAUAAAGGUAUGACUCCUAGCGAAGCAAGAAUUGCCUUCCUAGAGAUUGCUUGUAAUCUUCCUUUCUAUGGCAUGUCAAUACAUCAUGGAGCGACUGAUAAAAAUGGUAAUAACGUACAUUUGGCGUUAUGUAGUAGCGGAGUUCUCGUCUUUGAUGUUGACACCUUUGGAAUACCGGGAAAUGUGGUUCAAAAUUUUCCCUGGCACGAAAUUGUUACCAUGACUUUUCAAAACAGGAAAUUUUAUGUGGUUGUUUAUUCUCAUGAAAGGAAAGACGGAGGAAGCUAUUCUUACAGGUUUCAAGGGCAUUUUAGCCACAAAGCCUCAGAAAGGGUUCUGCACGACGCUCUACAGCAUCAAGCGCUUUUUUACCAGCCUGAGAAGAAGUUAUUUCGACGAAGCAAAUCGUUUGGAGAAGUCGAUUCUCACAUAGGCACGAGUCAGUUUAAACGCAACGACAGGAAAUAUGCGUCAACAUUUGGCAAAACACGCAGCCGUGGAUCUUUCAGGAAAUUUACCGAUUCCAUUCGAAAAAAGAUGCCUCGUAGACAAAAAAGUGCACCAGCUGAUUCAUCCCCCGAUGAAAGCCCUAAUACCAGCAACUCAAGCACCAUGACCAACGUAUAAGGUCGUAUAAUUCUAUGGUCUUAAUGAUAAAGUGAAUUCACCGGUGUGUGAUUGUGGAUCAUGAAAAGAAAACUGUACAAAAACUUUUUUUUGAUAACUGUUGUGGUUACAUUAUUUGAUUAUUAUUUAUAUUAAUUUCAGAUGACCAUUUUUUUUUUAAACAAUACGCCCUUCUUUUUGCUUUAUUUUCCAAGGAAGAUGGUAUUUUUAUCAGUAAAUGGUCAGAAAAAGUUGGUUUUUUGAAAGCUAAAUAUGCUUGUGCCAGUGAUAUAAAGACGUUGCACCUUUGCAAAUUUACCUUCAGCAAUUCCCUCUCACUUAGAGUUAUAAAGUGUUCAGUAACAAAGAACAGCAACAUAACUUUAUUGAUAAGAAAUAUGUAUGUAAUGUAAUGUUUAAAGUUACGAAGAGUCAAGUAAGGGCACAGAAAAAUACAUACAAAGAACAUAAUGUCUGUUCCUAUUACAUGUUAAACAAUUUAACAAGGGAAGAUUUUUUAUUCCACUUUCAUUUCAUUUUCUUGUAUUUUACCUUUUAGUUUUAUGGCCUUUUCUGAUUUUAUUAUCAAUUGCGCAAAAGAUAAAAUCAACACAAAUGAAAACUACUCAAGUGUUCUUUGUGUUCAACAAUAAGUAACUAGUAUGUGUAAAGUUUGUUUCUUUGAACAUCAAGCUAAAAUAUAAAAAUUAAUGUUUGGAUCAUUCGGUGCAUCCAUUUUGUAACUCAGCUUUCCAUCCAUAUUUUUGUGUAAUGCUGUGGCAUAUUUUGCACAUUAUAUUCCAUUGCAUGGUGGUGGAACAAUAAAUAUUUAUCUAUAUAUUUUGCUUAUUUAAGCUUUUAAAAGAAGUUUGUAAUUACUCCUUUGCAUUUCUGGUGAUUACAUUGAAUUUGUUUAGUGAGCAACUUAUCUUCUCUCUAUUAUGUCAGUGUUUUAUCUGGUUUUUUAAUGUUACUAACAGCUCUAACUUUCUUGUUCCUUACAGACACGAUGACAGUGAGAUUUUCCAUUUUUAAGUCAUAAUGCUGCACUAUUUUUUUCUCUGUCAUGUUUUUACCUGAGGUAUGAUUUAAGAAAAUGUCUACUCUUUCCUUAUCAAUAAAUAAUUUGCUUUUUAAACAAGUGUUUUUGCUCUUUUUAAGUGGGAAGCUCAUUGAAUUUGAAUUGUUAAGUAAACAUAAUUUUAAUGUAAAUGUGUAAAGGCAAGGAGAUGGAGACAAUGCUUUAAACUUAUGAUGGUAUGAGUUAAGUUGAAACAUGUUUUUCUUCAAAGUAUUACUAUACAUUAGACUUAUUAUGAAAAAGCUGAGUGGUUGAGAGUAUUCAAUCAUCAUAAAAUUGCAUGUGAAGCUUGCACAAUAAAUGUAAUGUCUGCAGUGAAUGUUGCAUCUGUCAUGUUGAGUUCAAAGUCUGCCUGGUUUCCAAAUGCUUUGAAAAAAAUGUAACUACCAUUAACUGCUUUUUAUUCCAAGUCUGAAAUUGAUGUUGAUUCUAUUACUGUCACAAAGAGAUGGAAGUUCUUUGUAUUCAAAUUUAAAACUCCCAACCUGACAGAACAAAUUACAUCUUGAGGGGAUUAUGAUGGUCAAUGUCUUUAUGGUGUGGUAUCAGACCUGUAUUUGCUUUCAUCUGCCAAAAUUUGGGUUUGUGUUUUGGGAAAAUUUUGGCAGUACUUAAAUUUGGCAAGUGUAGUGAGAAUAUUACUCAUAUUUAAGUGUCAGCUUACUGUAGUACAGUACAUUUUUAUGCUCAUUUGGGGUAAAGUGAAAACAUUUCUGUUAUGACAAGGAUGUUUUGCUCAAGCUAAGAGAGGCUUUAAUUAACAUAGGCAAUUUAGUGUAUAAUUUGUUGUUUCAAUAAUGAAAAAUGGGAGUUAAUAUAGAGGGUAUUUUAUUAGUUCAGUAUAUUAUACCCUUUUCUAUUUCUCUUUUGUAAUCAUUAAAAUGGAGGAAAAUUGAAAAAAAAAAGCGACUAGUGGACAAAUUUUAUCAGUGGAUAACUCGUAAUAUGCUGCAAAGCUUAAAACAUUUAUUUGAGUAAUAAUCUUAAUAUUACAAUAAUUUCCUGUAUGCGAAGCAUUGAUAUAUAUUUUUGAGGAUCUAUAUAGUAUUGAGUAUCUUAACUCUGUAAGUUAUAAAAAUGUUUAUAAAUAUUCAGGAAAGCAAUUCUGAAUUCAGUGGUUAUUUUAUGAUUCUUGUUGCACAAGUACUAACAAUGAAGUAAUGUCAAAAUUCAAAGUUCAUGAUUUUCAUCAUUUUCACAAUUUUAAACAGUUAUUUUAAUCCUUAGUUCAAAAUGUAUCUUCCAUUUUGGGUACUGAAAAGUACAUGUAUGUUUGUGUGAAACAAGUUUACCCAUUGAAUGUACAAUAAGAGGACCUGUGUGUCCAUCCUUGAGUUGUGAUUGGAGACUUUGAUCAAAUGUGACAAGAGACAAGAUUUUAAGCAUGAUGUUCACUGCAAAAUCAAAUUUCUACUGUCUGAAAAUUCCUUGAAAUAUUCACAUUUGUUCUUGAAAGGUUCUUCUUGUUCUGCAAUUCUUUUGAAGGGAUAAAAAUUACAGGAUUAACAACUGGCAGCUUCAACAUCAUGCUUAAGAUGAAUCCCUAUUACGUCCUCUAUAUAAUUAUGAAGUCUAUUACUUACAGAAAUGAAGUACCAGUUGUUACAGUAACUUUACAAAGUCAUUGUAAGGUACAUGUAGUGAAUAAAAUCAUAUCCAUUUGUUGUACUGAGUUAACAGUGUAAGGUGGAAACUAAGACAAAGUUUCUCAGACUUGAAUAAACUUAAAUUUAAAGCUUAAAACUUAUAAGUACUAAUUUCAAGCAAAGACUCAGGAAGUGUUACAGGCCACCUAAGAAUCAAAUAAACAUUAUUUACAAUUGCAUUGUAAACAAGGACAUAUUACGUAAUAUUGCCAUUGGCUUUAUAAGUGGUACUAUUUCAGUAAUGCAUACAGAUCAAGCUUCCUUUCAAUUUAUUUUUUAUAAUCUAAAAUUUGUGCAAUAACUACAAACCAUACAAAGUCAUAUUAAUAGUGAUUAACAUGACAGUAAAAAUAAGUUUUAAUACAUUAUAGGAUAGGACAGCAGGUAACUGAUAGAACCAACUACAUUUGCUGUACUGCCAUUAAAACAGCUUCUGUUUUAAUCUUCUAAAUAAAUAUGGCACACAUCAAGAAAUAAAAAAUAAAUUAAAAGCAAGAAAAAUUGCAUUCAAAUGAUCUAGUUACAUGUU